AUGGGUAUUUCGAGGACGCGCCGACAAGUGCAAAACAAAAUUGACAACCUCACGCAGAAGUACAGGAAAGAAGCCCGGGAGAAAACUACCGAAUCUGCACCUAGUGCCUGGCCGUUUUUCGUCGAACUUCACAGGUUUCUGGGCACACUGCCCAUAAACGACCGCUCUCUCGUGCAAGAGAGUUACCCUUCACCAAGGGGAAAUGUCGAUGAGAUUAUUUGGGGCAUGGAGACUGGGUCAAGUCUGUCCUCAGAUGAAGACGGGGCUACUGAGGGUUGCUCCGUGACAGAUGCCUGCAGCAGUGCCUCGGACCUCCAGCAGGAACCCCAGCCUAGCACCAGCACGAGCCAAUCUGGCACCAGCACGAGCCAGCUACAUGGGAAGCGUCGAGCACAAAAGAGAAAGCGGAUGUCCGCCAAUGAAAAUUUUCAGAGUGCGCUGCUUGAACAGCAAGCGAAGCUUAUUGCAGCACUGGAGACUGCCACGCAAAUUGAGCAGGGUCUGCGUGAACGGCAGGUGGCAACACAGGAAAAACUUGUGGACCUGUUUUCGAAAUAUUUCAAUAAAUAA